UUUGUUGACAUAUUUCUCUGUGACCGGGUGGUUGAGCUCUUCUGAGGGCUUGGGCCAGUUGUCUCUCGUGGAGCGUCCCUCCCAUCUUCCCCCCAAAGCGAAAGGAGAAGCCUCUGCUGAGCAGACUUGAGCGGAGGUCGGAGCCUGGCCCCUCCCGGGUCACUAUGGCUGUGUCCACCCAGCAGCUGGCGGAGGAGCUACAGAUCUUCGGCCUGGACUGCGAGGACGCCCUCAUGGGGAAACUGGCAGAGCUGUGUGUUCUGUACAGACAGACGGAGGAGGGAAUGGUGAGUGAGCUUAUCGCCUUCUGCACCAGCACAGGGAAAAUGUGCCUUACUGCAGAGAUCCUGAACUCCUUUGAACACGAGGUUCUAAAUAAGAAAGUAUCCAAAGCCUGGCACAGUGCCUCCAAGGACAGUGGGCAUGCAGGAGCCAGAGACAUUGUUUCUAUACAAGAGCUGAUUGAAGCGGAGGAAGAAGAGGAGACCCUUUUGAACUCUUAUACCACACCCUCUAAGGGUCCUCAUAAGCGAGCUAGCAGCACCCCAGAAACCCCGCUAACAAAAAGGAGUGUCUCUACUCGUAGCCCACAUCAGCUUCUCUCGCCAUCGAGUUUCUCCCCGAGUGCUGCCCCCUCCCAGAAAUACAGCUCCAGAACCAACCGAGGAGAAGUGGUCACCACAUUCGGCUCAGCACAAGGCAUGUCCUGGUCUGGGAGAGGAGGUUCUGGAGGUGUCAGCCUGAAGGUCAUAGCAUACCCAGGGCCACUCACAGGCAGCUACAAAGCCAUGUUUCAGCAGCUCUCGGAUAUUCGUGAAGUUCUGACCUAUAAGAUAGAAGAGCUUGGCAGCGAACUGAAGGAGCAUUACAAGAUUGAGGCUUUUACCCCUCUUCUGGAACCAGCACAAGAGCCUGUCAUCCUGCUGGGCCAGAUUGGCUGUGACAGCAAUGGCAAGCUGAACAGCAAGUCAGUGAUUCUCGAGGGAGACCGGGAACACUCCUCGGGCACUCAGAUUCCGGUGGAUUUAUCCGACCUCAAGGAAUAUUCUCUCUUUCCUGGACAGGUUGUAAUUAUGGAAGGAUUCAACACCACUGGUAGGAGACUUGCUGCCACCAGACUCUACGAGGGGGUACCACUUCCGUUCUAUCAGCCCACCGAAGAGGAUGGUGAUUGUGAGCAAACUACGGUUUUAGUUGCCUGUGGGCCUUAUACCACCUCUGACAGCAUCACAUACGACCCCUUGCUUGAUCUGAUCACCAUCAUCAACCAUGACCGGCCAGAUGUCUGCAUCCUGUUGGGACCCUUCCUGGAUGCUAAACACGAGCAGGUAGAGAACUGUCAGCUGACAAGCCCAUUUGAAGACGUUUUCAAGCAGUGCCUGAGAACAGUUAUCGAGGGAACAAGAAGCUCCGGCUCCCACCUUGUCUUUGUCCCAUCUCUGAGGGACGUGCAUCAUGAACCGGUAUACCCACAGCCACCCUUUACCUUCUCUGAGCUGCCUCGGGAGGACAAAAAGCGGGUGCAGUUUGUGUCCGAGCCCUGCAGCCUCUCCAUAAAUGGAGUGAUGUUUGGCUUGACAUCCACGGACCUGCUGUUCCACAUCGGGGCUGAGGAGAUCUGUAGCUCUUCUGGGACGUCAGACCGAUUCAGCCGAAUCCUCAAGCAUAUCCUGACGCAGAGAAGCUACUACCCACUCUACCCGCCCCACGAGGACAUGGCCAUAGACUACGAGAACUUCCAUACCUAUGCCCAGCUGCUCUUCACCCCUGAUGUCUUCAUCGUGCCGUCAGAGCUGCGGUACUUCGUGAAGGACAUCCUUGGCUGUGUCUGUAUAAAUCCUGGGCGGCUCACCAAAGGACAGGUGGGUGGCACCUUCGGCCGCCUCUACCUCAGGAGACAGCCCAGGGCCAUGGACAGUAAGGGCAGGCCGGGCCUGAGUGUGGCCGUGCAGGUGGUCAGAAUCUGAGUCUUGAGCCUCAGUCAUGUGGCCUCACCGACACCAGGAGCCCAGGUAUGACCCUCUGAUGACCAGACUGUUGAAGCACCUGACAGGGAUCUGUCCCUGUCUGACAAGGAGCGGAACAGGACUGCGGGCCUGGGGCCCUGUGCAGUUGGGCCUUGAUCUGAGUCAUGCCUCUCGCCUCUCUCUUUUUACCUCACAAGGGACAUAGGGUGUCGAGAAGUGAACCAUCUCUGGAGACAGCCUGCCCAGAAAGGCAGGAAAACUUCAUGGUUUUCUGUAUGAGUCGAACACAG